AUGUACUGGUUACGUCGCUUCACCAUCUUGCUGGCGUUCCUGCUCCUGAUAUCGUUCGGCGCAUGGCUGGCCCCUCGUGUACUUGAUCCAACCGACAAGGGCCCUGAGAAGCGUUUAAGAGACCGUCGCUGGGUCGACAGCAGUCCCUACUUUUGGGAUCGACAGGCCUGCCGCUGGAUUGGUGUCUGUGGCCUGCACCACCUCCGAAGCGAUCCUGCCGCGCGCAAAAACCACGACGAGGACGAGCCCGAAUGGGGUGAGCUGAAGCGUCGGUCUCUGUCUUGGGAGCCCGAGAACAUUCCUCGUCAAGACCCCAAGAGGAACCUCCACCACCGCCGAAGGAUCCUUCGCGACAUUCCUGACUAUGUUAUGAAGCAUGCACCUUUGGUUCACCUUUACUCUGGAGAAGAGUUCUGGCCCUCGGACAUCCGCGAGCAUGUCGAGCACAUGACUGUCCAGGUCGACGACAAACCCCUCAACUCGACCGAGAAGUGGACUCUCCAUAACCUGCACAAGUUGAACAAGGUUACUGGCAGGGUUAUUCUUCAGAGCAACGACGACGUCGAAGACCGCCCGAACUGGCUACACAGCCAUCACAACAUCCCCAAGCCAUUCCCUGAUGAGGAAGAGGGCAACCACGAUGACAACAACACGCCUCCGGGCAACCCCGAGCAAAACCCUGAGCUCCGAGAACCCACAACUUGGUACGAUAUCGACAAGUCUCACCCUCUUCACCGCAUUAAUGACCCCCGGAACCGCAAGUUUCAGAAGGACCGCCGUUCUGAGCAAGAGCCUAUCCGAACCAAUGGACACAAGCCCGACAAGAAUGGUUACUCGAAUGCGCCAGCCGUGCUCAUCGUUGUUGACAAGGGUUCUGGUAUCGUCGAUGCCUUUUGGUUCUUCUUCUACUCUUACAACCUGGGACAAACGGUUCUAAACAUUCGCUUUGGCAACCAUGUGGGCGACUGGGAGCACUGCAUGGUCCGGUUCGAGCAUGGCACACCCCGGGGAGUCUUCUUCUCGGAACACGAGGGUGGACAGGCGUACGCCUUUGAGGCUGUCGAGAAGCGUGGCGACCGACCCGUCAUUUACUCGGCAGUUGGUUCGCAUGCCAUGUACGCACUCCCCGGGAUUCACGCCUACAUCCUGCCUUUCAAGCUCCUGAAGGAUGUGACGGACAAGGGACCUCUCUGGGAUCCCGCUCUCAACAACUACGCCUACCAUUACGACUAUACGAGGGAGGUUGACGAGGAUGACGACGACCCGCGAGAGCCUCAGAGCCUCAUUCCCGCCGCGUCGAACCCGCACGCACCCACCUCUUGGUUCCAUUUCGGCGGCCGCUGGGGUGAUGAGGUUUACUCGCUGGCAGACCCCCGUCAGUGGCGCUUCUUUGGCCAAUAUCACUACGUCACAGGACCCGAUGGUCCUAGGUUCAAGGGAUUGGAUCGCGCAAAGAUGUGCCAGACGCGCAAGUGCAAGAUUCUCUACAAACUGGAUCCCAAGGGGACUUGGUAUUAG